UCACGUCAAGCCGGGUCAGGUCAGAUCAGGGCAGGGCAGAGCAGGCCUCAGGAUGGCCGGAGGGCGCGCCGGUGUGCUCUGCGUACUGCUGGCAGCAUGCCUCGGCUACGGAUAUGCAGCGUGUCCCGACAUAACAACAGUAAUAGUCAACAACUGGGCAGAAGACAAGAACGGGACUAUGAGAGAGGUGCCUGCAGCCGGCGUUACCAGCAUCACGUUCGUGGGCAAUGAAACAAAUGACCAGUUCGACGCCAGCCAGUAUGUGGAUGCGACGCUGAACGAGACAAGCCAUCAGAUCGUGUUCAGCACGCUGCCCAGUAUGGACGGCGUGAGAGACUACAAUCAUUCGGCAAACAUCAAUUCUAUGACCGGGACGUGCCAGAUGGAGUGCGGCAAAGACACCGGCAGCUUCGAGUUUACCGCCUACGUCAAAGACGCCAACACAGCAACACCUAAGUUCAGCCUUCCGACGUAUACCGUGCAUGUACCGGAGAUGUUUCCAAAGGGCCUGGCUCUGCCGAACUCAGCAAUAUUCGCCUCAGACGCCGACGCCGAACCUCAGAACUACGCCGUCUCGUUUUCCUUGGACGAGGACGACACUUUUGGCCUCUCAGAUCCCGUCAAAACGUCGGAUGUCGAGCCAACUUACACCGCCCAGCUGGUUCUGAAAAAGCCGCUGGACUGGAGCAAAAUCAAGUUGUACAAUCUGGCCGUCACGGCAAAGGAUCCCGAUGGCCGCUCUGACACGGCCACCAUCAAGGUGGUGGUUGACGACAUCGAUAACAAGCAGCCUGACUUUGAUGAGAUGAGCUACAGCACUGAGGUGGUCGACCCGGAGGCGCUGGGGCCGUUGAACGUCACCAUUCACGCGACCGAUCCGGACGCGCCCCACACUCUGAAAUACACAAUGCAAGAUCCUUCGGGAGCCGGCUGGGACAGCUUCUUCACGCUGAAUCCGGAUACCGCCGAGUUCAGCCUAACCCAGUCGCUUAAGCAUCACCUCAAUAGCACCGCCACGGCCAUCACAUUUCUGCUGCAGGCGACCGAGGUGGGGGGGGAAGGCUUCUACAAUCGGGCGGCGUUGGUGGUGCGGCUGCCGGCUCAGGAGAUAACAACGACACCAGAGCCAUCGACAACAACAGAUAUGACGUCAUCGUCUGUAAUCACGACGACUGACUCCACGCCCGUUACGUCACCAUCAAGCACGGACACCACCGUGACGUCGUCAACAAGUACGGACACCACCGUGACGUCACCCAUGACAUCGCCGUCAAGCACGGACACGACCGUGACACCACCCUCUACCACGGAUACAACGGAAACGUCAACAGUGACGUCAACCGUGACAUCACCAGUGACGUCACCCUCAACUCCCGCGACGACGCCGGCGCCCUGCCUGCCGCUGGUGUUCACCAAGCGCCAGUUCCCGGCAGCGGUCGAAGAGAACGUCACCGGUGACGUCAUCACGCUGACCACCGACCCGUUGGCUGGCGACGUGACGUACUUCGUUCGCACUCCUGACUUUGAUGACGCCUUUCACCUCGACGAAAACUCAGGAGUGCUUACAAAGUUGAAGAAGCUGAACCAUCAGAGGGUGUCUCUGCUGGUCCAAGGCGUGGUGAGCGGGCAGGAGCGUAAAAAUCAGACGAAACGACACGGACGUGGUCGCCUGGGAUGAGACGCUCAUCGUCAUAGACGUGACGGACCAGAACGACAACCCGCCUUUGCUGGACUGCCGGCCCUACAGCGACGACUGCCAGCGGGUGGCAGUCGGCUUCCCGGCUGGCGGGACGGCGCCGCUGCCGGCCCCCCUGCUCCGGCUCACUGCGACAGAUGGCGACACGGGUGCGUUCGGAGAGGAUGGCCUGGUGUUUACCGUGGACUCUAGUGACGUCACUGUGGACGCAACGGGGAU